AUGUGGGCGGCGGUCCUUGGUUUAAAUGUCGUACUAUUUGCAUUUUUAGUUGAUUCAAUAUUCCGUCCCUACCAAUUUCGAAUGUCGGAGGUUGAUGCAUUCAGAUAUCGUUCAUCGGAUGUGAUUGGGAAGAUAACGCGCAAACGCAUUCGUGAAGCUCGAUUGAAAGAAAUUAAACUAGAGUUAAUGAACUCUGAGCGCUUGAAAGGAUAUUUUGAAGCUCACUCCGCUGACUUUGAUGCUUUACGUCAUGACAAACCCCUCUCAACAACACCCCAAUCUCAUUUGAAGAAUGUUCCUGAGUACAUGGUGCCUGCCUCCCUACAAGCCUUGAUCAGGGGUUCUCAGAAGCGGGCUAAAAAUAGACAACGCUAUAAGCCCUCUAACUGGGCCAAGGAGCGCUCUAAGCCUAAUCCCGAGGAUAAACCAGAGAAGCCCAUCAAAUUGCACAAACUCAGAAACCACAAGGCAAAAAUGGCAAUGGCUCGAAACCCUGCUAAAGUUGCACAGAUAAAGCGGCAGAUAGCGCUCAAGUCAACUUUACCCGAACAUUUUCUCUCGGCACCCUUGCCUGACUCCGCGUUUACGAUCAUGUCUGUUGUCGAUCACUUCCAUCUUAUGAAUUUAGACCAACGCUUGUUGUCGGCUAUAUCUGAUUUAAAAUGGGGCCGACCAACAGAUAUACAGCAAGCAGUUAUUCCAUUCGCUCUAGAGAAGAAAAGUAUGUGCGUUCAAGCACGCACUGGUUCUGGCAAAACGGGAGCUUUUUCCAUCCCUCUUAUCCAAUCUAUUCUUGAAAACAAGAUGUUCCAAACUGAGCAGAAGACGUCAGCCUUGAUAUUGGCGCCAACUAAAGAGCUGUGUAACCAAAUAACCAAGGAUAUUAAAAUGCUUUGUAAAUAUGCCUCCAGAAACAUUAACAUUCUUGAUCUCUCUCGGACGGAUGAUGUUGAUGCUUUAAGACCUCUCUUGGCAGAACAUCCAGAUAUUAUAGUGGGAACGCCUUCUAGGGUUUUGGACCAGUUGCGCCUGAAACGUCUUAAUCUUGAUUCUCUUGCACACCUGAUCAUCGAUGAAGCUGAUCUUGUUUUUGUAUUCGGUUAUCAAAAGCAGAUGCAAGCUAUUCAGCCUUUUCUACCCAAAAGGCCAAUCCAGGUUAUCAUGAUGUCUGCCACGUUGAAUGAAACAGCACUAUCCCUUCGUAGUACGCUUAAAGUUGGUGAAUGGGUUCGAAUUGAACUGCCCGAGGAGAGUUUCCUUCCAUCAGAAUCGCAGUUGUCGCAGUACGUAGUCAGUGCAGAAGAGUCCUCAAAAUACGCGAUUCUUAUUUCGAUGAUCCAGUUGAAGCUGAUCCGUGGGCGUACUCUAAUUUUCACAAAUUCCAUCGAUCGUUGUUAUAAGCUCAAGUUGUUUUUGGAGGAAUUCGGUGUGAAAUCGGUUGUUCUGAACUCGGAGUUGCCGGUAGCCUGCCGUAUCCAUACGGUGAACCAAUUCAAUCGUGGCCUCUAUGACUACCUUCUAGCUACCGAUGAGAACGAAACUGGGACGGGGAAUGAGGCUCCAAAGAACUUCAAAAUGUCAAAGCCGGUGAAAGACACUGAGUACGGUGUAUCGCGGGGUAUCGAUUUCAAGUUGGUUAGAAAUGUGUUGAAUUUCGACUUUCCUCUCACUGCUAUCAGCUAUGUUCAUCGAGUUGGGCGUACUGCAAGGGCGGAUCAAAUGGGAACUGCGAUCUCCUUUGUGAACAGUGUAGAAGAAACGAGACUUAGUGAUGUGGCAAAUCUUCUGUUGCAGAAGGAUCCCUGCACUUUGCAGUUAGAGAAAUCGGAUAGAACAGCAGUUGAUUCAAUAUUCCGUCCCUACCAAUUUCGAAUGUCGGAGGUUGAUGCAUUCAGAUAUCGUUCAUCGGAUGUGAUUGGGAAGAUAACGCGCAAACGCAUUCGUGAAGCUCGAUUGAAAGAAAUUAAACUAGAGUUAAUGAACUCUGAGCGCUUGAAAGGAUAUUUUGAAGCUCACUCCGCUGACUUUGAUGCUUUACGUCAUGACAAACCCCUCUCAACAACACCCCAAUCUCAUUUGAAGAAUGUUCCUGAGUACAUGGUGCCUGCCUCCCUACAAGCCUUGAUCAGGGGUUCUCAGAAGCGGGCUAAAAAUAGACAACGCUAUAAGCCCUCUAACUGGGCCAAGGAGCGCUCUAAGCCUAAUCCCGAGGAUAAACCAGAGAAGCCCAUCAAAUUGCACAAACUCAGAAACCACAAGGCAAAAAUGGCAAUGGCUCGAAACCCUGCUAAAGUUGCACAGAUAAAGCGGCAGAUAGCGCUCAAGAAAAAGGCUAAUAACCCUCUCUUCAAUUUCGGCAAAAAAGGCAAGGGAAAGAAAUGA